AUGGUACUGGGAAUAAGAUCGAAAAGUAGAAAAAGAGUCUCUAUCCAAGUUCACUACACAAUCCAUGUUCAGGAAAUCAAGCCAUGGCCCCCUUCACAAUCACUGAGAUCUGUGCAAUCGGUAUUACUGCAAUGGGAAAAUGGUGAUCAAAAUUCUGGGUCUCUAGCAUCCACUGCUGGCAUUGGAAAAAUCGAAUUUAAUAAUUCUUUUAGGAUUUCAGUUCUUAUGUGGAGAGAUGCAUCCAAGAAAAGCAAACACCGUGAAAAUUUUCAGAAGAACAACUUGGAGUUUAGCUUGUAUGACAAGACAGUAAAGAGUCAAUUAUUGGGGUCAGCCACACUAAACUUUGCAGAUUUUGGAAUCAUCAAGGAAGCGAUAGCCUUAAGCAUUCUGUUGAACUGCAAGAAGAGCUCCAAGAAUUCUUCACCACCAUUGCUUUAUAUUAGUAUUCAGCCAUUUGAUACAGAGUGUUCUAGCUCAUCACCAAGCAGCAGCUUGUCAAAAGGGUUGUCACUAGACAAGGAAGGAAGUGAGUCUGUGUCACAGUCACUAAAAGAUGACGAUGAUGUUGAAAUUGCCUCUUUUACUGAUGAUGAUAGUGAUGACGUCCCUUCAAAUACCUUCCAAACCAUCAGAUCUGCUUCCAAGACUACUGGAGGUUUGUCCCCUCUGAUUGAAAAGUAUGCAUACAUGCACUGGUCUGGCAGUAUCAAAAUCAGCGAAGGAGGAGCAGAAGGAUCUCAUGGAGAAUUUGUUGUACCCUCAGAAAGUACUACUUCUAGCUUAGUUGGAAACACACAGAGUCAAACGCCCACACAGUUCAAUGGCAUCGAAUCUCCCGCUUUGACUAUGGUUCUUGGUUCAAACAAGGUAACUGCUGCCGUUGGCAGCCCUUCAUUGCCUAAGAUUUCUGAGGAAACUGUCAAACAUGCUGAUGCAAUAUUGAAAACUCGAGAAAACAUUCAACAAUCUUCUGCUUCAUGCAUCUCAUCAAGUAUGCAACCGAACUUUAAAAGACCUUUCCAAUCUCAAGUAACUCAAGAGAAUAGCAUGAUUCAAGCAGAUGGCACAAGAGAUCAGAGACUUAAUAAAGAUGCUCUGGAGAAAGAUAGCAGUGUUUCGUACUCUGGGGUUAUAGGGGACAAAGAGAAAAUGGAGGAGGAAAGGAAAGGACAAAAACAGUUUAUUGAGAGGAAUGAACAUAAUGAGCUCAAUAAUUUUUCCAGUGAUGCUUGUACAAAGAAAGGGAGUUUAAAUAGUCCUACUCUUCUAAACAAGAUACCACAUGAGCGUCCAAGAAGUAUUUUGAUGAAUGAUAAAACCGAAGAUGUGGACAAAGAAAAAAUGAAAGAGGGAAGCAAAGGACAGAAACAGUUUCCUGAGAGGAAUGAACUUUUGGAAAAUAAGCUCAAUAAUUUUUCUGAUGAUGAUUCUACAAAGAAAGGGAAUUCAAAUAGUACUACACUUCUAAACAAGAAAUCACAUGAACAUCCAAGAAGUAUUUUGAUGAAUGAUAAAACCAAGGACGUGGACAAAGAAAAAAUGCAGGAGGAAAAGAAAGGACAAAAGCAGUUUGCCGAAAAGAAUAAACUUUUAGAAAAUGAGCUCAAUAAUUUUUCCGAUGAUGAGUCUACAAAGAAAGGGAAUUUAGAUAGUACUACCCUUCUUCUAAACAAGAAACCAUAUGAACAUCAAAAAGGUAUUUUGAUGAAGGAUAAAACUGAGGUUGUGGACAAAGAGGAAAUGGAGGAAGGAAGGAAAGGAAUGAAACAAUUUACUGAGAAGAAUGAACUUUUAGAAAAUGAGUUCAAUAAUUUUUCCAAUGAUGAGUCUGCAAAGAAAGGAAAUUUAGAUAGUACUGUCCUUCUAAACAACAAACUACAUAAACAUCCAAUAAGUAUUUUGAUGAGGGAUAGAACUGAGGAUGUGGACACACAGAAAAUGGAGGAGGGAAGGAAAGAAAUAAAGCAGUUUAUUGAGAGGAAUGAGCUUUUAGAAAAUGAGCUCAAUAAUUUUACCAAUGAUGAGUCUAUAAAGAAAGGGAAUCUAGAUAGUACUACCCUUCUUCUAAACAAGAAACCACAUGAACAUCCAAAAAGUAUUUUGAUGAGUGAUAAAAUCGAGGAUGUGGAUCAAGAGAAAAUAGAGGAGGAAAGAAAAGGGGAAAACCAGUUUACUGAGAACAAUGAACUUUUAGAAAAUGAGCUCAGUAAUUUUUCCAAUGAUGAUUGUACAAAGAAAGGGAAUUUAAAUAGUACUACUCUUCUUCAAAACAAGAAACCACAUGAGCGUCCAAGAAGUAUUUUGAUGAGGGAUAAAACUGAGGAUGUGGACAAAGAGAAAAGGGAAGGGAAAAAACAGUUUAUUGAGAAGCAUGAACUUUUAGAAAACGAGCUCAAUAAUUUUUCUGAUGAUGAGUCUACAAAGAAAGGGAAUUUAGAUAGUACUGUUCUUUUUCUAAACAAGAAACCAUAUGAACAUUCAAGAAGUAUUUUGAUGAUUGAUAAAAUUGAGGACAUGGACAAAGAUAAAAUGGAGGAGGGAAGGAAAGGACGAAGUCAGUUUAUUAAGAGGAAUGAACUUAAUGACCUCAAUAAUUUUUCUGAUGAUGAUUCUGCAAAGAAAAGAAGUUUAAAUAACCCUAUUCUUCUAAUCAAGAAACCAUCUGAUCAUCCAAGAAGUAUUUUGAUGAAUGAUAAAACCGAGGAUAUGGACAAAGAGAAAAUGGAGGAGGGAUGGAAGGGACAAAACCAGUUUACUAAGAGGAAUGAACCUAAUGAGCUCAAUAAUUUUUCUGAUGAUGAUUCUACAAAGAGAUGGAGUUUAAAUAGUCCUACUCUUCCUUUAAACAAGAAACCACAUGAACAUCCAAGAAGUAUUUUGAUGAAUGAUAAAACCGAUGACAUGGAGAAAGAGAAAAUGGAGGAGGAAAGGGAAGGACAAAAGCAAUUUACUGAGAGGAAUGAACUUUUAGAAAAUGAGUUCAGUAAUUUUUCCGAUGAUGAUUCUACAAAGAAAGGAAAUUUAGAUGAUACUAUCCUUCUUCUAAACAAGAAACCACAAGAACAUCCAAGCAGUAUUUUGAUGAGUGAUAAAACCGAGGACGUGGACAAAGAGAAAAUGGAGGAAGAAAGGGAAGGACAAAAACAAUUUACUGAGAGGAAUGAACUUUUAGAAAAUGAGUUCAGUAAUUUUUCCGCUGAUGAUUCUACAAAGAAAGUAAAUUUAGAUGAUGCUAUCCUUCUUCUAAACAAGAAACCACAAGAACAUCCAAGCAGUAUUUUGAUGAGUGAUAAAACCGAGGACUUGGACAAAGAGAAAAUGGAGGAGGGAAGAAAAGGACAAAACCAGUUUACUGAGAGGAAUGAACUUUUAGAAAAUGAGCUCAGUAAUUUUUCCCAUGAUGAUUCUACAAAGAAAGGGAAUUUGAAUAGUACUACUCUUCUUCUAAACAAGAAACCGCAUGAGCGUCCAAGAAGUAUUUUGAAGAAAGAUAAAGUAGAGGAUGUUGACAAAGAGAAAAGGGAGGAGGGAAGGAAAGGGAAAAAACAGUUUACUGAGAGACAUGAACUUUUAGAAAAUGAGCUCAAUAAUUUUUCUGAAGAUUCUACAAAGAAAGGGAAUUUAGAUAGUACUGCUCUUCUUCUAAACAAGAAACCACACGAACAUCCAAAAAGUAUUUUGAUGAAUGAUAAGACCAAGGAUGUGGCUAAUGUAAAAUUUCCUCUACAAUCUGCUGAGAACUAUGGGCAAAUCAGCAAUCAGACCCAUAAUCAGCCAGAGGAAAUUAAUACUACGAAUGAUGUUCAUGUUGGUAGUUCUUGCCAUGAAGUCAUUAAUGCAAGUGGCAGUUUUCUUAACAAUGACACUGAAUUGAAGGCUGAAGUUGAAAUGCUUCAAGAAGAACUGAGGGAGGCUGCUGCACUUGAAGUUUCAAUGUACUCAGUUAUUGCUGAACAUGGUAGCUCAUCAAACAAGGUCCAUGCACCUGCUCGGCGCCUUUCUAGAUUCUAUUUCCAUGCAUGUAGAGUUGGGUCCCCUGCUACAAUAGCCAGUGCAGCCCAGAGUGCUGUCUCUGGAUUUGUUUUGGUUUCAAAAGCAUGUGGGAAUGAUGUUCCAAGGUACACAAAACUUGAUUUUAUAAUUUUUUAA